GUAGGGUUGACUAUCUUCUGCAGGCAGAUCCAAUCGCUCAAGCUCAGCAGCCAGGCAGUCACAUAAACAAUGUUUACAAACUACACCAGCGCUAUGUGAUGGAUAUAAAGAUGUCCCAGACUUUAAAUAGGAUUUUAUAAGCUCAGCCAUGGACAUGUUUAAUAAAGUGACGGCUUUUCUGCAGCAGGCCUUGGAAACAAGGGAGCCUUCGAUAAACCUGCUGGACUCUUUUGUGGAUCACUGGAAAGCAAUAACCAACUAUUACAUCGAAACUACAGAUGAGUCUCGGCCGGUGAAGCAGACAGACAUCCCAUGGUGCCUCAGACAGAUGCUGGACAUCCUGGUGUAUGAGGAGAAACAGAAGGGAGAGGAAACAGGUCCCUGCAUGGAGUACCUGCUCCAGCACAAAUUACUAGAGACUCUUUGCACACUGGGAAAAGCACAGUAUCCUCCUGGCAUGAGUCAACAAGUGAUGUUGUUCUUCUCUAAAGUCCUGAGCCAGAUUCAGAAACCUGUGCUGCAUUUAAUCAACGUCUAUCGGCCCGUACAGAAGCUGAUCGAUUUAUGUGGACUCCCUGAUUCAAAGACUGAAACAGAGGAGUCUCAGUUUUUAUUUGCUGUUUGCACUCGCGUCAAAAAAGACCCUUAUGUCUUAAACUAUAUCCUUGAGAUUAGCAAAGACUCUCAGAAGAGGUGCAGCUCUACCUCAGACGAGGCUGUGGAGGAGGGCUGCAGCGGAGCCUCCAGUCCUGAGAGGACUCCCUCGUCCCACAGCGGAGCUCACGCCUCCAGCUCACCUCAGACAGCCACAGGCAUCAUCCCUGUACUCAUACACCUGGGGAAGAGUCAGAAAAGUCGUGUUGUGCUCCGAUCCAUGGAGAGUCUGCUGCUGCUGGUCAGUUCACCUCAGGAGGACACUGCUCAUCUUCUGGCUGAGGGAACGCCACUGUGUCAGCUCCUCGCUCAGAGACUGACUGAACUUUACUGCCUCAUUCCCUCAUCACUCAACCCUGCAGACAUUCACAGCUACGCCGGCGCACAGUGGAGGGAUCAUUUCACACAGGACAGUCCAGAGGAGAGAGAGUCGUUUCCAAGCAGUGAGAACGUCCAGGAGUUCUUCUGUUUUUUGGACUACUGCAAUGAGCUCACCAAGGAAGCACCAGGGGUACUUGGUGUUAAAAUGGCCAGAGCAAUUCACCUUCAGUGGCUUAAAGGAGUCAUUCAGCCUCAACUGCUUCAGAUGUCAGAGGCUGGGAUCCUGGUACACACUGCUUUGCUGUCCUGUUCUGUACGUCACAUACAUUCUCCUGCACUCCUGGAAGAACUGGUUCAGUUUCUGCUGGGCAGCGACACACAGUGUGAAAAGCAACAGGAGACACACACACACACUCUACGUUACCGCCUUAUUGAACACUGCGACCACAUCUCAGACGAGAUCAGCAUCACAACCUUGCGUCUCUUUGAGGAGCUUCUACAGAAGCCCAGCAAGAGCAUCUUGACCAAUCUGCUGCUGCGUAACCUUGAGAAGCGCAGCUACAGGCUGCCGGGGUCAGGGGUCACGGACGAGAGACAUGGAGUCGAGAGUGAUGUUCUGGAAGAGUCUGAGGAGCUGGAAGAGGAUCCCUUCUUCACAGACAUGUAUGAAGACAGUGGGUUCGGCAGCCAGGAGCCUCUUCUGUCUCUGCCCAGUGUCAGAGAGAGACAGAAUCCCAGAACGCACACACAAGUUGCAGACGUCGUCAACAGCUUCUUGUGUUUAGUGCCCCAAGAGGCAAAAACAUCACAUCUGGUGCAGGGAGCAGGAUAUGACACGUACGUUCAUGAUGCACACAAACUGUUAAAAGAAUGUAUUGCUCUUUCACGGGACUGGAGCUGGCCAGAUUCUGUCACAACCACUGAACCCAGCCCAGCUACAGACUUCUAUGAAGGGCACUUCUUACAAAUCCUGUUCGACAGGAUUGCACGCAUACUAGAGCAGCCAUAUGAGCUGAAUCUGCAGGUGACGUCAGUUCUGUCCAGAUUGGCUGUGUUUCCUCACCCUCACCUGCACGAAUACCUGCUGGACCCUUACAUCAGCCUGAGCCCUGGGGCGCGAUCGCUCUUCUCCACAUUAGUCAGGGUGAUCGGGGAGCUAAUGCAGAGGAUCCAACAGAUCCACAAUGUGACAGACAACCUGAUGAUGAUCAGGAGACAGCUGAUGGGACAGGAGGAGGAGACACUGUUGGAUCAUGUGACCCUGCUGAAGGGGGUGAUAGUUCUGGAGGAGUUCUGCAAGGAACUGGCUGCCAUUGCAUUUGUCAAACUCCCCAUAGAAGAGCAGUGAACCCAUGAUGCUGAACCAAAGACAAUACAAAGGAUCAGCACCCAACAUUAGUUGAAUGGCUCCAUUACUGGGAGAAAAUGGAUUUGCACAGAGCUGAGUUAAGUGGCAAUAUUUAUAGAUAUACAGGUCACUUUCGUCGAAUGUUUUCAGGGAGGAGUCAUCCUAUCCAAUGUCAGGUUUUUUUUUAAAAAAACAAUUCAAACUGGUAAAACAGGAUUUCACAAUGACUGUGUGAUGUAUGAAGUCGUUUAUUCUCCACAGCUUCACAUCUUGCUAAAUGAUUACAUUUCACUUUAGAUGGAAGCAAUAGAAAAAAAUGUCUUUUGCACAAUUUUUAAGUUUUUAUUUACUAUAUAUACUAUAUUUUAUAGAGGUUUUAGGCUCAGUCAGUCAGUUCUCUUUAACUAUUAUGGUCAGUUACAUCUGUUAAUGCUUUUUCAUUCAGAUAUACAAAUCAAAACCUGAUCUCAGAUCAGAAUUCAUACACUAUGGAUUUUAAGCCAUUGCACAUCCCCUUUCAACUAUUCAUUUUGAAAUAUGGACUUGUUUAAGUAUAUCAUUAUGGUGUGUAAAGUAAUUUUAUUUAUCUUAAAUCUACUUUUGUAAAGCCUGUGAAUAAUCAAGUGUUGUUUUAUUUUUCUGUAUGUUACACGGCUGAAUCAAAGGGCCAGAUAGGUACACAGAUGUGUUUGGUUUGUGUGGUUGUGAUUUGCCAUUGGAAAGUACUCACAACAGAACUUUAUUUUCUAUAGAGUUCUGACGACUGUACGCAACACAUGCUUAUUUCUGUUGUCACAGCAAUAAACUCCUAAAAUAUUCUUGCA